GCCUGUCCGCCCCGCUGCCCCUCGGCGCUGGCGCCGCCGGCCUGGCAGCCGCCGCGGCGCUGGCCUGGCCCUCGCGCGGGGAGCUGGCGGGGCAAGGGAAGCAGUGGGGGCUGCUGGCCCUGCUGCUCUUCCUGCUGUUCUGCGUGACGGGCCUCAACGUGCUGCUCAGCUACGUGUUCCGCGUCAUCGACAACGUCCUCGUCGCAAAGGACGCCGCGCAGUUCUACGCGCAGCUCGGGGUGUUCGCCGGGGUGCUCGUGCUCGCCGUUCCGAUCAUCGGCAGCUACUCGUACGUGCGGAGGGUACUGGCGCGUGACUGGCGGUCGUUUCUGACGGAGUUCUUCCUGCGGAAGUACAUGGAGCACCGCGCCUUCUACGCGCUGGACUCGAAUUCGAUGGAGGAGGGCAGCAUCGACAAUCCAGGACCACGCUGUGCGGGCGGGAGCGAGGAAGACAAGGGAGUAUGGUAUGAUGCAGAGGAGGAGCGGGAGGCAGGACAGCGGUGA